AUGGGGGAACCGUUUCCCGAGGGUCGCGGGCUCUCCUGCAACCGGACCUUCGACAUGUACGCCUGCUGGCCGGACGGCAGCCCGGGGAGCGUCGUCAACGUUUCCUGCCCCUUCUACCUGCCAUGGUUCGAGAAAGUGAAACACGGGCUGGUGAGCCGCAAGUGUGGGCCGGACGGGCAGUGGGUGAUGGUGAACGGCACGCAGCCGUGGCGGGACUACUCUCAGUGCGAGGAGGAGAUGGAGUCCACCUUGCAGGAGGAGGGGGCCCGCCGGCUGAUGGUGAGUUUCAAGGUGCUGUACACGGUGGGCUACUCGCUGUCGCUCCUCGCACUCGUCUCCGCCCUGCUCAUCCUCACCGUCUUCAGGAAACUCCGCUGCACCCGCAACUACAUCCACGCCAACCUCUUUGCCUCCUUCGGGCUGCGGGCCAUCUCGGUGAUCGCCAGGGACACGCUGCUGGAGAAGCGCUGGGGCAUGGAGAUCCUGCAGGUGUCUGACUGGGAGGCGCUGCUGAGCAAUGAGGGGACCCCCGUGGUGUUCGUGGUGCCGUGGCUGGUGGCCAAGUACCUGAAGGAGAACGCAGAGUGCUGGGCGCUGAACGAGAACAUGGCCUACUGGUGGAUCAUCCGGAUCCCCAUCCUGCUGGCGUCCCUGAUCAACCUGCUGAUCUUCAUGAGGAUUCUCAAGGUGAUCCUGGCCAAGCUGCGGGCCAACCAGAAAGGCUACGCGGACUACAAGCUGCGGCUGGCCAAGGCCACGCUGACCCUCAUCCCGCUCUUCGGGAUCCACGAGGUCGUCUUCAUCUUUGCCACGGACGAGCAGACCACGGGCAUCCUGCGCUACAUCAAAGUCUUCUCCAUGCUCUUCCUCAACUCCUUCCAGGGCUUCCUGGUGGCGGUGCUGUACUGCUUUGCCAAUAAAGAGGUGAAGUCAGAGAUGAAGAAGAAAUGGCAGCUCUGGCUGCUGGACCACCCCACGCUCUGCUGCACGCAGUGACGGCUCCCUGGCUGCCGCGGCCGCUUGCCUAGGAGAGCCGCCGGACAAGGGGGCGCCCGCGGUUCUGUGGCCGGGAGAAGGCCCCACGGCCUGCCCUGCUCCUGGGGGGGACGGUCUGUGGUACAGCACCUCCGCCACGCAGGGCCCGGGGAGUCACUCGCCCAGGUGCCGGGAGGGAGCACGAGGGGCCUGGCUGGACGUGCAGCGGGGCUAAGUCCCCGGGUCCCGAGCGUGGCAGGCUCUGGUGCCAACACUGCCCGAGCGUGGCAUGAAAGCCAGGAGCCUGCAGGCCGGCACCUCAGCAGAGCAGCUGCGUCUGAGGCAUUGCUGGGCCCUGUGGACACGGCUGUGAAGAUCCCUCGAAGACCCUGGAAGCGCUGGGCUGGGACCCUGCUGCACUGCGGAACAGGACCCCAAGGGGGCGGGGAAACACCCCCCUGCUACUUGACCCUCUAGCACAGCACCUGGAACCUACCUCCCGCUGGAGCGAGACCCACGUCCCAGCAGGCAGGGGUGGGGGUGGGCGGGCCAGACUGGCUGGGCAGCCAGGAGACACUGCUAGGAAGUGUCGCACGCCAAGGCACACCUGGGCUAGGCCCUAGGCACGGGUCAGCCCGGGCAGAAGGCUCACACAGCUGGUCCAUGGGGCGCUAAUGGGGCAGGGUCCCCUCUCAGGGCGCUGCUCCCAGGGCUCAUUCCGGCAGCGGGAGGGCUGGGUGAGGCCUGGCUGCUUAGCCCCUGGGAGCUGGCUGUGCCCUGCCACAGAUCCGGCUGUGACUGCCCGGUAUGGCCACGUCUCAGCUGCGUGGCAGGGCUGCCCGCGGGGUCAGCCGCCCGUU